AAACAGUUGAAAUUAGUUCCGAACUUUCUGAAAACGAUAUUAAUAGAUUUAGAAAUGAUUUUGAAUCAGAGACGAGAUCUAAUGCUUCCUCAUUGCCCGCGUCUUUUGUAAGGGAAUUUGAUGAACUAAAUAUUGAAGACCAGCGUUUUAACCGAUAUGGAGACGAAGUACCUUCAGAAACUGCAACCAGAAACGAUAUGACAGUUACCAAUACAUCUUUAUCUACCGGUACAGUUACUAAUCAUGCAACUGCAACCGCACCUAGUGAUACAGUUCUUAACAACAACAAUACACAUGUAUCUACCGGCUCAUCCACAAUCGUACCCUCUGUCACCACUGAUGAUGCUAGACUUAGAAAGAGGGAAGUUAUAAGAAAAAGGGAGAGAGCUAUUCUCAAGACACUUGCCAACAUUGAACGUUCAAUGGAAGUUGAUCUUUGUUACGUUUUAGACUGUACUGGUUCUAUGGCAGGACAUAUCGCUGCAGCCAAAGAUUGUAUUUUGCAAGUGACAGAAUAUAUUAAAAAUACGAACCCAUGCAUUAAAAUUAAAGUUGGUUUUUGUGGCUAUCGAGAUCAUUGUGAUGGUCCUUCGCGCCUUCAAAUUUUUGAUUUUACAAAUUUUUAUGAAGAAUUCAGAACAAAUCUAUCUUCUGUACCAGCUAAUGGUGGUGGUGAUGAUCCUGAAGAUGUCCUUGGAGGUCUUGAUGCUGCUAUAAAUCAAAUGUCUUGGAAUAAUGGUACUAGAGUCCUUUUUCAUAUUGGUGAUUAUCCACCUCAUGGAGAACGUUUUACUACUAUGCAAGAUGAAUAUCCAGGUGGUGAUCCAAAUGGGUUAACAGCAGAGACUGUAUUACAACGAAUGCAAUCUGAAAAUAUUUUUUACUUUUUUGGAAAAAUUACAAAUUAUACUGAUACUAUGGUUGAAGUAUUUCGUAGUAUAAUUGGUGAAUUUUCAAUAUUUGAACUUGUAGGUGGUGAUCAAAUUGAAUUAAUUAAUAAAUUUGUAGCUGCUACUACAUCAUCUAUUACUAUGUCGGUUUCAUUAACUAGUACUAUUGGAACUAGAAGAAAUUUAUCACAAAGAAGAAUUGAAAUUAACAAAACUAUGCCAAAUUGGGAUACUCUUCCUGAUCGAAAAGGUGUAACUUUAUGUUAUUAUAUUCCUGAAAAUGUUUCCGAACUUAAAAAUGAAAGAUUUUAUGAUAAAAAGAAUCUCAUCUCUAAAUCUUAUCAUUUCAAAAUCGCUGAACAACCAUUUGCUGCUGGUGUUGAAAAAUAUGCUUAUUAUGCUAUUAGUACUAAAUAUGAUCCACCUAGACGAAUGGUGAUGAAAGAAUAUAUGAGAGAUGGAACUGAAAAUUUAUUUGAAAAGUACCUUGAGUCCGUGGAAAUCUCUGCCUUAACAAGUUACCUUACUAUAAAGUUUAAUUCGAAAGCAAGAGGAAAAGGCGUUCCUUUUGUAAAUUUCCUUAGAGUGAAUUUAGUACGUGCUACAUUUGAUGGUAGGACUCGUUAUUAUAUUACAGAACCGGAACUUCAAGAUGCUGAGUUUAAACGUUUUAAUGUAAAUUCUGGUGUUAUUGUAGAAUAUAGACCUGUUCUUGAGGCAUUUGUACAUUUUACUUAUGUACAUACAGACGGAUAUUUAGUUGUUUCUGAUCUUCAAGGAAUUGAAUCACCUGAUCAGUUUUUAUUAACUGAUCCUGCGAUACAUUGUAUUGAUCCCGUAAGAUUUGGAAAGACUAAUUUAGGUAGAAAUGGAAUUAAUAGAUGCUUUUUAGAUAAUCAUAGAUGUAAUGAUGUUUGCAGAAAGUUAAAACUACCGUCUCGUGGAUAA